GUUUAUCAACUUCAUAAUAGCUUGCAAUAAAUUUAAAAUAAAUCAUAAUAAAAUGACACAAUAUAUAAACAAUAUGAAAAAACCAGCUUCACCAUACAAAGCUACAAAGUUGGCUUAGCCCUAUAAAAGGAGUAGAGUUCUAUAAAUAUCAAUUAAACUACAAUUUCGUGGAGCUUGUUUCUUGGAGCGUGUUUCAAUAAAUUUAUUUAUUGGGUGAUUAAAAUCCAUUAAACUUGGAAAAGUUUUGGAAUCAACUCCUCAGCAGUUUUAAAGAAGGCAUGAUACUAAAGAAAAAGCGCUGGCGUUUAAAAACAUAUGAACAGUGUUUUUCUGGUGCUGAAGCUCUUAAUUGGAUGCAUGCAUACCUUCAAAAUAGCCCUGCAUUUGAUGCAAAUGUAACUAGAAAACAAGCAUUUUUACUUCUACAAAAAUUUCUCGAAAAUAACAUUUUUGAAAGUGUUUUAGGUAAAAGUUACAGACAAUUUCAAGAUACAAACUUUUUAUACCAAUUUGUUGUUAACGAUACUGCUGGUUCAGAAAAAGUUGAUAAAGAAAACAUUGUAAUGCAAAAUUCAAUACCUAAUGUGUUAAAGUACUUUGGUCGUAAAAACUCUUGUUCGACUUCUUGUGAGAAUUUAAACUUUUUAGAUAACAAGAGCAGUGAACUAAGUAAACAAAAGAAGAAAUUCCAACAAGAAGCCUCUUCAACAACUCGAAAACCAUUAACUGAAAUUAAUAUAAUGAAAACAUAUAGCAAUAUGUCAACCUUUUUGUUUGAUGAAUCUGACGAAGAAUCUUGUGAUGUAUUUAAUUCGAGUAUAAGUCAAAGUAAUUUUAUGAGAAGCAGCUCAUUGAGGUUUAGUAAAAAAAGUAAAAAAAUGCCAUUUUCAUUGAAAAAAAAUGAUGAUAUAGAUGAGGAAAGGUUGGUUGAAGCUAAAGAAAUUGUUAAAAAAUCCUGCACAAGUAAGCAGCUAAAAACAAAAGAAUUGUUAAUGAGUAGUUCAUCGAUGACAUCAUCUAAUUUUUCUCGCAUGAGUAAAGCAGAUUCUCAAGAUACUCUAUGUAGUGUUAGUUCACCAUCAAAAAAAGUCAAAAUAGAUGAUGAAAAAAGUUCACUGCCUAGAACAAGACAAGGAAAAUCUUUACAUAAGAAUAUUUUAGAUAAAGCUGUUCCAAGUGAGCACCAAUAUUCUAUAGCUUUGCUUGAUAGUAAAAAUGACAUAACCAAUCUUCCUGGGUAUAAGUCAGAGAAUAGUUCUAAAAUGUUAAAUAAAAAAAUUGCUACAGAGCUUUUAAAACCACCUAGAAUUGGAGUUAAAAGACAUUUAAAUGAAGACAAAAAGGAAAAAUUUCAGAUAAAAAAGCUAAGUGACUGUACAACAAAAAGUUUAGAAAGUGAGUCUUCUAACUCAAUACUUAAAUCUCCUUCAAAUACAAUACAAGCCUCUAUAGAAUCUCCAAAAAAACAGAAUAAAAAACUGCGUAGAACAAUUCGCAAAAGUUUAUCCCAAAAUGAUUUGAAUAAUUUUAGAAACACAAAAAUUCCAGUUAGUUCCUUAAAAGAUCAAAUAAACCAAUCAGAGUCAUUAAAAAUUUCAGUUCUUUCCUUAAAAGAUCACACAAACCAAUCAGAACCAUUACGAAGGAAGAGAUGUGAGUCUGUAAUUAGCGAUUAUUCAAACAGUGUUUUAAAUAGCAAGAAAAUUUCUCUAAAGAAUGUUCUGCAUAAAGCACAAAGUGUAUGGAGUUUAAAUGAAAUAGGAACAAACAAAGAAAAUGUGACAAAUGAAAUUGGCCAUGAUGAACCUUUACCUUUGGAUAUAGAAAAUACAUGGAAGUCAGUAGUUUUGCUAAGCCUAAGAAAACUGUUGCAAGUAGAAAAAUUAUCAGGAUAUCUUGAUGAAAAUUCUAUAUCUGGUGGUUCAAUCAUCCGAAAUGUUGAAGCAAAAAAUGAUACAAAAGAUACCCCUGCAUGGUUGCUAUCGGCAUUAUCUUGUCUUAUUAACUGGCCAGAAUCUUAUGAGAAUUUGAAAGAUAAUCAAACUACUUUUAAAAAUCAUGAAGAAUUAGAGAGAGAUAUAUUUCAAACUAUUAAAGAGUAUUAUGAAAAGAAUUUAACUGAGCCUCUUUUCCCUUAUCAUUUUUUUGGAUUAUUGCAAGAGUGUGAAGCUAUGUUGCACGCAGACCCAAAAGCUGUUAUCAAAAUUUUACAGCAUACUUUAUUGUUGUUACCCAAUUGGAAUCGCUGUCAACUUUAUUUAAUAGUGAACUUUAUGAAAAAAGCAAGUUGUAAUGAUACCUUAUGUCUCAAUGCAGAUAUUGCAAAUAAAGAUUUGAUACUUCAUUCCUUUUAUCAUUUAAUUGCUCGUAAAGAAAAACAGUCGAUGAAUAAAAUGUAUGAAGAUGUGGUUUCAAUGAGAAUUACAAAUUUUCUUAUGGAACAUUAUGAAGAAAUAUUUAUGUUACCUACUGGGCUUCGUGUUCAAGUUGACCACAAAAUAGCUGUUACAUUUGGUGCAAAGAAAUGCAACAAUGCAUUAUCGUCAAUAAAUAUUGUAAACAAAAAACACUGCAAAAAUAAUCUUAUAAAUCCAAUUAAACGAACUCCCUCUUUCUGUGCUCGCAUAUCUAUGCAACAAUAUGAGAAAGAGGCUGCUGAGUUAUCAAGAAAAGCUUUGCAUGACCUUCUGUUAUCAAUAAUUAAUAAUAAAAAUAUUUCUGAAAAGGAUAAAACGAAACAGUUAAAAAAGUUUGAAAAGACAUAUCCCGAAAUAUAUACUGAAUACAAUCGCCGAAAAGCUCUGCUACCAAAAACAGGUUCAUCGUCGUCCCAACCUUAACGUUAUGUUUUUUAUUGUGUAAAAUCUUGAAAUAAACUUAAAACAUUUUUCGAUUUGAAGCAAAAAAAACUCUUAGAUUACAAAAAAACGUUAGGCGGAAAAAUUGGAUCUAAAUGUUCGACAAAGAAAAUGGAUCAAAUAAAAGUGGAAACACAACGUUACUUAUUCACUUUCCAGUUUUGUUUUAAGAUAAAUAAAAAUUUAAGUUCAGACAAAUUAUUUAACUAUAAGUUUUAAUUUUUUAUUAAAUUAUAUUUCUAUUAAAUUAUGUCAGCAAUUUUUUAAUGUAAAAAAUAUUUUUUUUAAUAAUUUUUUUUUGAAUUCUCUUUAGAUUUUUUAAAAGCAACAUUUCUUUUUCGCCAAUUUCAACAACUCUUUUUCUCGUUCAAUUUCUAAUUAUUAAACCAAUUGUAAUAUAAAUAAAAACAUUUAAAGAGUUGAUUUCAUUAUUUUAUCAAAAUAAUACAUUUAGCAAUAUUUAA